GAGAUAGCCGUGAAGCAAACCCCCUUUGACAACCGGGGAUGGUGUGAUCCAGGAAGCGGAGUUGGGAAUAAAUCAGGUGACUCGCUCGGUCUCCCCGUUGAGAUGGAAUGAGCCUUGGAGCCGGUUGAAUAGGAACAGGAGGAGAAGGUUUAAGCGCACACUCGAGGUCUCAAACGUGGAGCUGCCGGGAGGGAAAAAGGGCUCCCAGCUGAAAGGGGACUUGCUCAGCAGUGGCAGGCAACCAUGGCUUCAAAUUUUAAUGACAUAGUGAAGCAGGGCUAUGUGAAAAUCCGGAGCCGAAAACUGGGGAUGUAUAGAAGAUGUUGGUUGGUGUUUAAGAAAGCCUCCAGCAAAGGCCCAAGAAGAUUAGAGAAAUUUCCCGAUGAAAAGGCAGCAUUUUUCCGGAACUUCCACAAGGUAACUGAGCUGCACAGCAUCAGGAACAUAAGCAGGUUGCCCCGAGAGACAAAGAAACAUGCUGUGGCAAUUAUCUUUCAUGAUGAAACAUCAAAGACAUUUGCCUGUGAGUCAGAGCUGGAAGCAGAGGAGUGGUGUAAGCUUCUUUCAGUUGAGUGCUUAGGAUCCAGACUCAAUGAUAUCAGCUUUGGGGAGCCUGAUCUUUUGGCAGCUGGUGUUCAAAGGGAACAAAAUGAGCGGUUCAAUGUGUAUUUGAUGCCAACCCCCAACCUGGACAUCUAUGGAGAAUGCACCAUGCAGAUCACACAUGAGAACAUCUACCUAUGGGACAUCCACAAUCCCAGAGUAAAACUUGUCAUGUGGCCUCUCAGCUCUCUCAGGCGAUAUGGAAGGGAUUCGACAUGGUUUACAUUCGAAGCUGGCAGAAUGUGUGAUACAGGAGAGGGACUCUUUACAUUUCAGACACGGGAAGGAGAGAACAUCUAUCAGAAGGUGCAUUCAGCGACUCUGGCCAUCGCCGAACAACAUGAGCAACUGAUGCUGGAGAUUGAGAAGAAAACACGGCUGCAAUCCAGUCCGAGUGAGGAGAUGACACUAAUGACGAUAACACUUCCUCGUAGCGCGUACUGGCAUCACAUCACCAGGCAGAACAGUGUCAACGAACUGUAUAGCUUACAAGGGAAUGAAUUAAAUUUGACAAAGGUUACUCGAGCACAGACCUUUCCCAGCUACAUCUCAGAACAGAGUCACGAGCACCAACACUUAUUAUCGCCAUCUAGUGGCUACGGAUCGAGCUACAGCUCUGGGCUGGCCCAGUGAUGUGCACCGGACAAUGGGAGGAGUCACUGUGAGCAAGGCCACGUGUUACUGAGACAAGCCUGAAUGAGUAACAGUGAGGGGCAAGGACUAAAUACAGGUGAAACACAACAAGACUUGGAUGGCUUUUGCUGUACUUGAAGCAUUCAGGUGAUAGACUGAAUAUUCAUAGGCUUAAAAAUACAUCUUUUUUUAAUAUUAAUUGGCUCCCACCUGCUGAUAACUACAUACCUCCUUGGGACAUAGAAUUUGAUGUAUAAAAAAUGCAAUGUAGAGUAUUUUUAAAAUCCAGCUGCUGUAAAACAUAGCUUCUGUGUGUUAAACACAAUUGUUUGGAUAGGUCUGAAAGUGACGAGUCAAAUUGUCUGUGUCUGCAACAACUGUCUAACAGUGCUUCUGUUUCUAAUACUAAUUCAGGUAUUGCUUUCAGAUCUGCCCUACAGUUAUUCCCAGAUAUCAAAUAGUUUUUCUCAGCAACAAAUGCCCAAGACUGUUUUCAUUCUACAUCAGGUUGCAGUGUUUUUUGAUGCUAUUUUGUUUAUUGAGGAGAAUUUUCUGUGAAGAAUAAGGGCUCUAUGGUUCAAUUUUGAUGAAGGUUUUGUGUGGCCAGGGGAAGGGGAGGUGAUGGGUGGUGGGGAAUGAUGGGGUUGUAUGAGGGGUUUUUCACAGGUUGAGCAUAAGACUAUGCAGGUGGUUUUAAGCUUCAACUGCAACAACUGUACACAUGAAGAACAAAAUAAGUAAAUUGCUAAUUCAUUUUAGGACAAACGAAAAUACAUUGAUAUCAGUACUGUGUUCUGGCAACGUGUUGGAAAGGCUCUGAUUAGAAAUGUAGUCUCUGUAAAAGCAGGUCAUCAUUUGUUCUCAGCAAGGGGAGAAUUAUUUCAUGAACAUCACCUUUUAAGUAAAGGCACCUUUCAUUCGCUGGAGAAUGUGUUGGCAACAUGAAAAAUGUGCAAUAUUUACCAACAUGCAUUUUCUUUUGGAAUUGGCACUUUAGAUGAUAGUUCAUAAUUAACUAUCCAAGUAUAUCCACUUGUGCCAGCUUGAAGUUACCUUAAGACCUGAAAUAUCAAACCCUAUGAAGCUAGAGCUGGGAAAAAAACUGGCAAGGAGCAGAUGAAUUACAGCAUGUUGGCAAUAAAGAGGCAUAAGAUAUUGGCAUAACCAGCAGUUAAAACAACAGCUGCAGGGAGGACCAAGAAAAUCCGUUUCGAUUAAGUGUCUGCACCCAAAACGUCAACUGCAAUGCUUCUCUCCAUUGGCAUGGCCUGAACUGCUGUAUGUUUCCAACUUUCACUGUUUCUGUCUCAAAUUUCCAGGAUCUGCAGUCGUUUGCACUUUGUUUAUCAUUCUCAAUCCGACCUCCUGCUCUACAUUAAUCAACAAUGACAACUACCUGUUGAGCCAACUGCACAAUCCACUCCAUCACCCUCCCCCAGAGCCCACUGCUGUCAAAGGCGUUUCCACUGUUUUUUUUAAUAUGCCGAAUAUCCAGAGAUAUUUACAAUUAAAAUUGAUUUUAUUUAACUUUUUUUUUAACUCAACCAUUAAAAAUAACGACUUUAGUUCAAAUACUUUAAACUAUAGUAAAUUAAUUUAAAAAUCAUAAGAUAUGAAAUAAAGAUAAGUCAACAAAAAAUUUGAACUCACUUUUUUUAUUAUAGAUAAGUGUAGUAUUGAAAAGAAGGUGGUCGCUGCCUGUAUUCCAAUUUUAGCUCAUGUAAAGCUGAGGGGUCAGAAGCGAAGUGUAUCUGGUUCCAGUCAGAGCCAGAGGGACUGCUGGUCCAACAGUGGGUCCAGUAUCAGGACAGGUAGCAUUCGACGCACUGCAUGCCUCCAACUUUCAUUUUGACGUGUGCAGAUGUGGAAGUUGAAUACACAUAAAACAUUGGAGGAUGGGGUCAUCAUUUCAAUCACGUCCCUGCAUCACUAAUGCCAGCAGUGAUUAGAUAUCGCCAAUCUCCAUGUGUGCAUUUGCUUGUUUACAGGACUGUGCAUACUCGCAACUAUGUAAGGCAAAAAAAAAGACAAAUUUAAGGAUUUGCAAAGGGCCUGGAAGACAUUCAGUUCAGGUCAUAUUUUAUACUAAUGUGCAUGUAGUCUACACCUUGUCCCCACAUAUUAGAUUAGGAUUUAAAUUGUAAUACUUGUUACAGCAUUAAACUUGAGAUAACACAAUCAAAUUAUGAAGCAAGAUGUCGCCUGAAGGAAUACUCUUUGCUUUAAAUACUGCAACCGUACAAGAAAGUACCUACAAAGUAACUUCCCGACUCAAAAUCUCGUCCUCAGUAUGUGCCUGGCUCUUAUUGAUCUGUAGCCUGCUCUUGACAUGGGUCAAUGCUUUGGUAUAAACUCUGUUCUGCCGUGUCUAGUUAAAAAAAAGUAACAUUGUUUGUCAGAAUUGGUUUUGAAGUCAAUCUUCACAAUUUGUACUAAUUGAUUGAACUAGAUUUUGAGGUGUCCUUGCUGUGUCAAGUGAACUGCAGAAACAUCUUGGGUGUUAAUUAUUCAUAUCUAUUUCUGCCAACAUGCUUAAUUAGUCACUGUUGGUAAGGCACAGGGCAAUUGGAGAAUUUAAAGGUUUUUGACAGGGUCAAGAUCACUUUAAUUUACAGAAUAGGCCUAAGUAUCUGCAUUUCACUUCAAUCUUUGAAAUACAAUAUGGACAUUACAUAUCAGAAUGCACUAUGGACCAUUAAGCAUGUUCAGUCUAAAGAAGGGUCUCUACCCGAAAUGUCACCCAUUCCUUCUCUCCAGAGAUGCUACCUGUCCUGGUGAGUUACUCCAGCAUUUUGUAUUUAUCUUUAGUGUAAACCAGCAUCUGCAGUUCUUACUACACGUUAUGCAUGUUCUAGAUGAUUUGAUAUGCCAUUAGGAUAGGAGGAAGUAAAAAGAUAUCCUGGUUGUCUGAGUCUUAAGAAAGAUCUCGACUUAAAACUUCACCAAUUCAUGUUCUCCAGAGAUGCUGCCUGACCUGCUGCACUUAUGCCCCCCUCGCUGUUACUCCUUCAGGCUUGUCUCCAGCAUUUUUUUUGUAAACCAACAUCUGCAGUUCUAUGUUUCUACAAGAUAUCCUGGAUUAUUAGCAGGGGACUAUCAAGAGUCCUGGUUUACUUAAGAUUGGACAACAGAAAUAAAUACGCUUGGAUAAGAAAGGAUUGUAUCUGACGAACGUAAUCAAAUUCUUUGGGGAGGCAACGGACACGAUCGAUGAGCAGUCUAUUUGAUGUAGUCCAGGUGAAUCUUAACAAGGCUGUUGACAAAGUCCCAAAAGACAGGCAGGUCAAUAAAGUGGAAAGCAGAGAAGGAUUCAACCGAAAGUGACAUAAUGGCUCCAAUGCUAGCUCAGCAACAACCAACAGUGUUUAAAUGGUUGGUAUGUGUUCAUUUCAAGAGAAGUCUGUAACUGGUGGAGUUUCACUGAGCUUAAUUCUUUACCUUUUGCUUGUUAUAUAAAAAAAUCAUUUAGACAUAAGUAUAAGCAACGCGAUAACAAAGUUUCCAGUUGAUACAAGCAUUAGCCAUCUGGAGGAAAGUUUUAGACUUAGCAAGAUGCAGAUGAUCUGGUCAAUUAGGUACAUAAAACAGCAAAUGGAAUUUUAUUUAGAGAAUUGUGAGGUAAUGCAUCUUCAAAGUGCAAUCAGCAAAGGAUAGCUAUGUGGUGGUGGUGAGAAACGGAAGGAUCUUAGAGUGGAUACAUACAAAUCAAUUAAAGUGCAAAACAGCUCAACGAGAUGGUUAAAAUGGCAAACAGGAUGCAUUUCUUUAUCAGUCAAAUCUGAGACAUAAGAUCAUGAAAGUUAUUUUUUGAGUAAUAACAAGGAACUGCAGGUGCUAGUUUAUACCAAAGAUAGAGUAUGCUGGAGUAACUCAAAGGGGUCAGAGAGCAGCUUGGACAACUUGGAUAGGCUGAAGAAGGGUUCCGACCUGAAACGUCGACUGUCCAUAUUCUCCAAGGCUUUACUUGAACACAGUGCUAGUUAGACGAUGGAUUUAGUGUCGUGUAAGUUCUGGUCAAUACAUUGCAGUAAGGAUGUGGUUUGCUGGAAAAAGUACAGAAGAGAUUCAUAAAGAUAUUCGCCAGGCCUGGAAAAUCGUGGCCGUGACGAAAGAUGAGAUGGUCUGUGGUUGUUACUUUGGAACAAUAGAGGCUGAGGAAAGACUCUCAUGGUUAGAGGAAGUUUCGAUAGAGCAAGGGAUUUGGCAGAAGAAUUAAAAGUCCGAUGAGCAUUUUUUUUUUUUACCCAGAGAAUGAUGAUGGUCUGAAACUCUCUGAACUGAAAGAGUGGUUAAGGCAGAAAACCUUUGUGUAUUUAUGAGUCAAGUGUGUUUUAUAUAAAACAGUUAUUUGGAUGUACAUUUGACAGGUCAUGACCUACAGAAUUGCAGAUUCCUGGGAUGUCAGGACUUUCAUAUGAAGAAAGACUGGAUAGACUUGUACUCGCUAGAAUUUAGAAGAUUGAGGGGGGAUCUUAUAGAAACUUGCAAAAUUCUUAAGGUGUUGGACAGGCUAGAUGCAGGAAGAUUGUUCCCGAUGUUGGGGAAGUCCAGGACAAGGGGUCACAGUUUAAGGGUAAAGGGGAAAUCCUUUAGAACCGAGAUGAGAAAAACAUUUUUCACACAGAGAGAGGUGAAUCUCUGGAACUCUCUGCCGCAGAAGGUAGUUGAGGCCAGUUCAUUGGCUAUAUUUAAGAGGGAGUUAGAUGUGGCCCUUGUGGCUAAAGGCAUCAGGGGGUAUGGAGAGAAGGCAGGAACAGGAUACUGAGUUGGAUGAUCAGCCAUGAUCAUAUUGAAUGGCGGUGCAGGCUCGAAGGGCCGAAUGGCCUACUCCUGCACCUAUUUUCUAUGCUUCUAUCAAUGUUGGAUGGUGAGAUGAGAUUGGAGCUUUAUUUUUUGACGUGCAGAUACAAUGUCCAAAUAGGCUUAUCAGUGCCACUGAUGUUCUGUGAAUAUCUGUAGAAUCUGACAUUAAGUAUCAACAAAAUGCUUAGUGUUAUCCAGGCAACAACCCAAGUACAAAGGAAAAUGGAAACAGAUACUAUCAGAUACUCAUACUGACAAAAAUGAGGUGGACAGUUAUUAUCAAAAAGUUAUAACCUUAGAGAAUAUAUUCUAGACUUGAUUGGAAGUAUAGGGAGCAUAGAGGUGCAGCGGUAGAGCUGCUGCCUUACAGCACCAGGGACCUAGGUUCAAUCUUGGCCAAGGGUGCUGUUGGUACGGAGUUUGCACGUUCUCCCCGUGACCUGCAUGAGUUUUCUCCAGGUGUUCCGGUUUCCUCCCAUAUUCCAAGGAUGUACAGGUUUGUAGGUUAGUUGACUUCAGUAAAAUUGUAAAUUGUAAAUUGGGAAUUGACUUUAACAUUGUGCAAUCAUCAGCAAACAGUCCAACUUCUGUCCUAUGGCAGAAGGUCAUUGAUGAAGCAACUGAAGAUGACUGGGUCAAGGACUGUGUCCUGAGGAACUCCCCUGGGACAAAUAGCCUCCAACAUCCACAACUGUCUCCUUUGGUGUGAGGUGUGACUCCCACUAUAGGGAUGCGUUUUCACCAUAAUGUCAUUCACUUCAGUUUUACC